AUGAAGUUUUGGUUUAGACGGAAAAGGUAUGAUAACGUUUUGUCUUCUCUCACGAGUGCUCAUGUUGGGUGUGAUGUGGGAAGGACGAGCGAAGAAACCAAGACUCUCCAAGCUGCGCAAGAGGAUCCCGGCCUUGGUCGAACGGGCAUCGCAAUCGUCACUUACGGACACGCUCACCAAAGUGAAUACGUCAAUUAUGUUAUGAUGCCCGUCUUGAAUAGCAGACGUGUUCCCCCCCAAGUUCCCUCUUAUGCCUUUGUGGAGCCACGCCCAGAGAGAUGCGUUCGCGAUGGGGAACGAGCUGAGGAGCUUGUGAGCUGGAUCCGAGCCGGUUUGGUUGGGGUGACUCGAUGGCACCGCACAACCCAAUUUGCACAGGGCAAGAUUGUAGACUUGUUUCUUACGAUCCAACGCCAGUUUCAAGAUUUCCUUUCCCUGACUCGGCUGCCCUCCGCUGCCAGAGCUCAACAUCAUCAUCAUCCUCCCACCAACUGCGAUACCAACACCAGCACCAGCAACCUUCACCCCAGUCUUCGAGCUCGUGUAUCAACCACAGCUCACCACAAUGCUGCCAUUGCGGAUGGAGAGGCAGUCACUCCCCAGAGUGCCCUUUCAAAUAAUCGCUAUGAUUGUUUGAUACCCUGCAUCGCUUUCUUCUUGCCAGUUCGAUUUUUAUACGACCAUCAGCUUCCGUCCAGUUCAUCAUCCAUCAUCGCUAUCUUCGCUUUCCAACGACUCUCGCAUGCAAGCCUUGUCUCAGUAUUCAACCAUCGCAAUACCACCACCUCGCAAUUGUACGACAUACCAUACGCACCAUACCACGCCUUCUAUGGCCUAGUUGACUACCACUAG